AGAUCUCCACGGUAUCGACUAAGCGGGGGCUAGAUCUUAAGUUUUCCUCAUGCAUCAUUAGACGAUUCAUAACAGCGUCAAGAUGUCGGGACGAUCAGGCCGUGCUGAGACCAGGAGUCGUGCUAAAGAUGACAUUAAAAAGGUUCUGGCUGCCAUCGAGAAAGUGCGCAAAUGGGAGAAGAAAUGGGUGACUGUUGGAGACACGUCCUUGCGUAUAUUCAAGUGGGUGCCAGUGACAGAAACAAAGCAGAUCUAUCGCACCAAAUCUACUGGGGGAGGGGUCAGAGGACUAAAAGAUGUAGUUCUUGAGAACACCAACUCUUUGCCAGAUUUUGCUGAUGAAAAUAGCAACCAGAGCUUUCUGUCAGACGUUUACCAUACCAAGAUGGACAACAGCAGCAGCACCUCCAGCUCGCAGCAAGUCAGCCCUCCGCACACCUCUAACCUCCGCACUGAAGAUUCUCAACCACCAAUGCUAGGCCAGGAGAUUGUGGAUGAACCAGACCACGCCGGACAAGAUGGAGCAGAUGAGCCUCCAACUCUGAUCAAGGAAGAUCCUCUAUCGUCAGGCACUGCAAGACGAAGCACCCCAGAUACACAGGAAGAAUCGGAUGAAUCAGGAGCACCUCCCCUGAAGAAGAUUUGCAGUGGCGAAAGUACAGUUUUUAGAUAGCUUUGUUUAUGCAGAUGCAUAGAAAACCUAUCCAUGGCUAUUUUCACAUAAGUGGUCAACAACAUUAAUGCUCUGAUGUAUUCUUUAUAUACACUCAACUGGCAGUUCAUUUGGAAGGUCUGUACUGUCUGAUCUUGGCUUAUAACAGGUCCACAGGCAUUUUUUCUUUGAAUUUUAAAUGUCAAAUAUUGAGUGUGCUGGUCAUUUUAAAAAUGUUUUUUCUGUUGGUGAGAAAUUCUUUGUAGACUAUAUUUUGUUGCAUGAUUUGCAGAUCCAAUCCACACAUAUCUGAAAUGUUUCUACCAGAAUGCAGGCAGUUGAGGAAAGGGGCCACGCAACAGUGCCACAGUUUAGUAGAGGGUCCAGUGCCUUGAUUGAAAGUGCGUCAGCAGUGCUCAGGGAAUGGAAAGAUACCUCCAACAAAUUCUCCCAAUUAAUAUAUUAAUGGUGCAUAACAAGAUUUGAUCAUUUUGAUCUUAAAAUAUCACUGAGCAACUGAUCAAAAAUAAGUUAAAAUUAUUAAAGUGGACAGGGCAGUAAUUUGAUAUGCUUAAAAAGCUUCCCCUUAAAUCAGGGGUGUCCAAAGUGCGGCCUGGGAACAAUUGUCAGCCUGCAGUUUGUUUUUAUUGGCCCUCGACAUUCGACAAAUAAAAUUCAUUAUUAAUGAGAUAUAUUAGAGAUUACACUGAGAUGUAGCUGCUUUGUUCAGUUAGCUUUGACCUACAUUGGAUUGGUUUUAGCAUCGUUAAAGUGCAAAAUGUGUCAAAGUGGCCCCAGGCAUCCUUGAUUUUUUUCCGUAAGCAGCCAUCAGUGGAAAUUGUUUGGACAACCCUGCCUUAAAUAGUCACAUACCACAAAUUCAACUUUUGUUACGGAGAGCUUCACCUAAAUCUGCAUUUUUAUGUAUGUAUUUCAAGCACACCAUUUCCGCUAGUGUAUUUCAGACGAGCUGAACAUUUUCAAAUUGGAAUGUGUGACAGCAAAAUGCAGUUGUUCAGUGUUCUGGCCACCUUGGUACUGGCCUUUUAUUCUGUGGACAAGUUGUACAACCACAACCUGGCUGUCCAUCUUACUUACACCCAUAAGGCAAAUUCCAAAUCUGAACCUGGUCGACUUUAUAGCUGGCUAUGGCCAUGCAUAGAACUCAGUUUAAGAUCAGUUUUAUGAAAAUUCUGUCUUACAAUACAAUAAAAUAACAUGCUUGGUUUACACUGUC